AAUGCCUUCUGAUUUCAUAGUGAGGAGAAGUAUAAGCAUUCCGGUGCCCAGCCGUAUCGUAAAGUUAGGUAAUAGUUACCAUAAUUAUCAAAUGACAAGUAUUAUUUCAUCCUUGGUGACACAUUCGCCUUUUAUCGCACCCUGCCGAUCCAGGAUAGACAAUUCGGCUUUUCGAGAUUGGAAACACUGAUACCACCACGAUCUUGCUACCCUUUCUCCUCUUUCUGUCUUCUUCUCUUCUCUUCCCUCUUAACUUUUUCUUCUUUUCUUAUUCCUUUUCUCCACUUCUCCCCUGCCCCUAUCACCAUGGCAGACAUAAACACCUGCCCACCUCUAACAAGAGCAUCCGUCCAAGACGCCGCUCAUCGCAUCAGCGGACACGUCCACCGCACACCAGUACUAUCCAGUAAAUACAUCGACAGCGUCGCAAGCACGCCUCAAAGCCCCGAGUCCCUUAAAGGAACAGAAUGGGAGGGCCAAGAGCCAGCCAAACCGCGAUUGUGUUUACUCUUCAAAUGCGAAAACUUCCAAAGAAUCGGCGCCUUCAAGCCACGAGGUGCAUUCAACGCACUCCUUCGAUUCACCGAAGAGCAAGCGCGUAAAAACACAGCGUCAGAACUUCCAGUUAGGAUAAUAAGCCAUUCAUCCGGAAACCACGCACAAGCCGUAGCCUUAGCAGCUGGUGAACUUGGACUCCCAGCACACAUUGUGAUGCCGUCUAUUUCAACACCUGCCAAAAUCGCAGCAACACGAUCUUAUGGCGCAGAAGUGCAUUUCAGUGGUCCGACACCUCAAGAACGGUUAAAAGUAGUUGAUGCAUUGAUGUCCGAUACCAACUUCCACAACGUAUUCGUCCCGCCGUACGAUCACCCAGACACUAUCCUCGGACAGGGAACGUUAGGCCUAGAAUUACAGAACCAGGCCGCUGAAAUACUGCCUGAGGGGGAGGCAUUACAUGCUAUAAUGACGCCAUGCGGGGGCGGGGGAAUGCUUAGCGGGGUAGCCCUAAGCUGUCAGGGCACGGGCGUUAAAGUAUUUGGGUCAGAACCGUCGCAAGAUGGCGCUGAUGAUUGUCGCCGGGGCUUGUUAGAGGGGAAACGGAUUGAAAAGGUAUCUAGUUUGACUAUCGCGGACGGGUUGCGUACUCCAGUUGGUGCCAUACCGUGGUCUGUCAUAAGCGAUCCGAAACAUGUUGCUGGUGUAUUCGCUGUGACGGAUGACCAGAUUCGCCGUGCGCUCGGGUUAGUGUUGCAACGUAUGAAGAUCUUAAUUGAGCCGAGUUCUGCGGUGCCUCUUGCAGUGGCUCUAUACAAUGAAGACUUCAGAGGCAUGAUAGAAAGGGAACAAGGAAUUGAUACAACUUUUAACUUGGGAUUGGUAGUUAGUGGUGGUAAUAUAGACCUAAAAAGGAUUCCUGAGUUGAUAGAAUUAUGAAUAGAUAUC